CCAUUGUCCGGUUGCCCGUGACAGCACCCUAAAAAUCCGUGGAAAACCGUAUAGCUCCCACAGGUCGCAUCUCCGUCCUUGCGCCACGCUGCAUCCGCUGCACCAUCAUCACCAUUCCCCUCUUACUUUCUCGCUCUCUCGCUCUUUCUCGCUCGCUCUCGCUCUCUCUCCAUCCACCCCUCCGAGCUCGUUUCCACUCUUCGAUCCACUCGCGCCUUCCGUCUUACUUCUCGGCUUGUGCCGGGGAUGUGAUUGUAGAUCUACAGACAGCAACGCUGCUCACCGUCCGAUGGCCGGUGCUUCUGGAUCUGACGGUUCUGAGCAGCCCCUGUCGGCCGCCGCAUCUGGCGCCGUGAACGCGGGAGACGAUUCGAAGCCGCAACCCGCGAAGGCCGGCAGCGCGAAGCAGCUGACUCCGCAGGAGCGCGCGCGUCUCGCGGCGGCGCGGCGGCGUGCGCGGGAGGGCAAUGCGGGGCCGGGAACCGCGGGGAAAGGCAAGCAGAAAGGCGCGACGCCCCUCUACUAUUCCAUAGUGGCUCUUAUAAUCUCCAUAUGGGCCGUCUUUAUCUUUCGCGCCAUUCAAGCCCCGCCGCCGAUCCCGCUGACGGACGCUGACGUCACCAGCCCGCGGAUCCGGCUCUCGGACGGCCGACACAUGGCGUACCACGAGAUGGGCGCGGCCGCUGACGUGGCGAAGUACCAGGUGCUGGUGGUGCACUCGUGGCAGACGUGCCGACUCAGCAUGCUGCCCAACAUCACGCAGGAGUACCUCCAAGCCAAGGGAAUCCGCCUCGUGAGCUACGACCGGGCAGGGUACGGCCAGAGCGACCCCGACCCGGCGCGCACGCUGCAGUCAGACGUGGCGGACGCGGGCGAGGUGGCGACGGCGCUGGGCCUGGGGAAGAGGUUCUACCUCGUGGCCACGUCCAUGGGCACCUACGUGGCGCUGGGGGCGCUCAGAUACAUGCCUGAGCGGCUCAAGGGAUUGACGAUAAUCAGUGUGGUCGGCAGCCCCUUUGACCCCACGUGGCCCAAGUACGAGUUCACUACCACGUGGCAGCAGAUGCUGCUGCCAGAUCGCAUCGCGCUGCUGCUGGCCCGCCACGCGCCCGCCCUGCUGCACGCGUGGCUGGCGCAGACGAUCAUUCCCCUGGGGAGCUUCAGGGCCCCCUACCACCCGCACCUGUACGAGCUUCAGCUCUAUGAGACAGACAUGGCGGCGCUGAGACACAAGGAGGUGGCAGAGUACUUUGCCCGGAACAUGCAGGAGGGUAUGCGGCAGGGCCCAAGCGUUUCUUGGUACCGCGACCUGGAGAUUCUUGCUGGGGAUUGGGGCUUCCUUCUUUCUGAGAUCGACCUCUCUAAGGGAGGAGAGGAGGGGGUAGCGGAGAGGGUAGAGGAGGGGGGAGAGGAGGGGGGAGAUGGGCGAGAGGAGGGAGAGGGGUUGAAGGGGAGGGUGCACAUAUGGCAUGGAGAGGAGGACAUUGUGCAGGUGAGCUACACACGACAUGUGGCGCGGAUGUUGGAGGGGAGCGUGCUGCACGUGCUGCCCAACAGAGGCCAUUUCUUCAUGUACAAUGACAAGGAGCGGCCUGCGAUUGUGCUGGGUACGAUGCUGGGGUUAGAGGAGGGGGCGAGGAGUGAGGAAUGAGGGAGGGGAGGUAAGGGUGGAGGGGAGCGUGCUGAAUGUGCCGCUUAACUUUUGAGGCGCCUCAAAUGAGGGAGGGGAGGAAGGUGGGUGGAGGGGAGCGUGCUGCAUGUGCCGCUUAACUUUUGAGGCGCCUCAAAUGAGGGAGGGGAGGAAGGUGGGUAGAGGGGAGCGUGCUGCAUGUGCUGCCCAACAGAGACCAUUUCUUCAUGUGCAAUGAUAAGGAGUGGCGCUAGGUGGUGUUGAGGACGAUGCUGGGGUUGGAGGAGGGGGCAAGUAGCGAGGAAUGAGGACUUUGAGGCGCCUCACAAGUAGCGAGGAAUGAGGGAGGGGAGAUAAGGGGACGUAGUGUGCUGUGUGUGCUGCAUGUGCUGCAUGCGGUGCCCAACAGAGGCCAUUUCUUUAUGUACCGUAUUCCCCCGGAUAUAACACCCGCCGGAAUUAAUCACCCAUGGGUGGUUUGGGCGGACCUGGGUGCUUUAUUAAACUGGAUAUUCAUGCCACCCUAGUUUUUGGCAUGAAACAUAUACACCACCCCCCUGGUUCAUUUUCACUGUAUUUCUUUAGAUUUUGCCUCUUAUCAGAGUGUCUCUUACCGUAAUCCCCCGGAUAUAACACCCGCCGGAAUAGUCACUCCAUGGGUGGUUAAUACGGGGGGGAGCUUAUGAUAUGGUGCAUUUUUUAGAGUACCCGCUUUUCAGGUGACGAAUUUUACAUAACACCCUCCU